CAUUAAGUUACAUCCUAUUUAAUAGUAACUAACAUAUUCAAAGAUUAUUGUUAGAGUGAGCAAGUAUACUAAUCCAAAAACAAUAUUAAUGGAUGGAAGUAAAAGUGUUUCGCUUAUUUGUGUGAUAUGGUGUAUUUGUGUGGCUGUGAAAUGUCAGCCAUCUGGUCAUCGAUAUGCGGGAAACUUGGAAAUAGUUCAACCUGCCAUUGCUGGAAGAGAUAUUAUAUUGAGAUUUUUUCAUUAUCGCUGGAGCAAUUAUAGUCCAAUUUUACAAUAUAUGACCAACAAAUCUUGGAUCAAUAUGCAAACUGAUAGAUACGAGACGACAAACAGCGGAGGGUGUUAUGAAAUUACACUUUAUGCCUUGGAAAGAAGUUGGAACGGAACGCAGUUUCGUGUUCGUGUUAGUAUUUAUUACUCCACUCCACCAAUCAUUCUUCAUUUGAAAGCAGCCCAAACAAAACCUGCAAUAGGACCCGUUACAACUCUACAGGUUGGAGGUUUGUACAUUGUGGUUAAGAGUGGCCACACCAUCCCCGUUUAUUGUAACAUGACUGGAACUGACCUGACCGUGGAAGUUUUGGUUAAUGGACGAACAUGCAAAACAGAAGAAUCAGAAACAGGAAUGUUUUCAGCCAUUGACUGCAUUGCUUAUGACGGUGAUCACUUGACAAGCGUCAGAUGUUCUGUGUUGACUGCAGCGGUGAAAGAUCCGUUAUUUAGUGAAGAAUAUCAACUUUACGUUGUUGAUAAGGCAAGUGCUAUAGAAAUUUACCAUACACAAGAUUUACGCGAAGGCUCACCUGUCAACAUAACUUGCAAGGUGACUGGAGGCAGGCCGGCACCAGAGAUUGCAUUCACGGUGAACAACGUUACUGUAGACCAAGGUCUAACGCAUUCCCAUGACGGCCGAAAGGCAACGCUGCAUUUUGUGAAGAGAGAAUGGAAUGGCAAAUACAUUAGAUGUCAAUACAACAAUUCUUUCUUCACAGGCAGAUCACCCGAGCGAUUGCUUAAUAUCUAUUGUGCUUCAGAUGAUUCAGAUGCUCAAACCGAUGCCACUGAUCAGAACAAGAGUCCAGAGGAGGCAGUUUAUCGCAGUGCUCUUAUCAUUAUGAUAGUUGUAGCUUGUGUUGCUGUAGUAGUUGUACUUGUUAUUUUGUAUCGACAACAUAAACGACAGAGGCAGAUUGUAGCACGAGAAGACUGUCCACCAGAAAACGCACACGAAGACAUUGUAGUUGAAUACGCCAAUGUGAAGAAAAACAGAUCGAAAACAGUUGACUACAAGACGGAGAAUGAGUUGGUGCACGUUGAACUGGACAAACACGCACUCGAAGCUUCAACUGGAAGGAAAACUACGAAAGUUGGCGAUGUGGACCAACAAACUGAACACGACUAUCAGAAACGCCAAGAGGAAGACGAAGAAGUGGUCGAAUACGUAAAUCAGUGCGGAAGACAUAUUUAAAUUGAAACAAAAAUGACCCAUGACUUAUUUGUUUUUUGUCUUUGUCCUUCUAGUUUCCAUUACAUAAUCAUGUAAAAAAUAUGCCUCUAAAUGUGGUCAUUUUGAACAAGUUUUGAUACUAGGCUGAUCAUAAUAGUGUCUAUUGUAUUAUAUUGUUUCUUUCUCCUAGCGGUUUCACCAAAAUAUGCAGGGUUUCUUCUUCUAAAUGUGUUAAAUAAGGUAACUUCGGUUUACAAACUGACUAAUUUCUUAACAAAAACUCUGAUUGAAAAAAGUCAUUAGACACUAAACAUAUCCCGACUGACAAACAACACUACAAAAUGUACAGAAUUUUCCAUUUUACCAAUUUGCAUUCCUUAUUGUAUUCCACUAGAUUUGAAUUUUUUUUAUAAGCGCCUCGAAUAAUGACGGAAUCAAUCAAUGAGACGUUUGAUUUGACCGAAACACCGUAUUAUUGCUAGUCUGCUAUUUAUUUUUAACCAAAGAGAUUAAAGAAACAUCUGUAUUAUCCACUAGUCAUUUUGAAGUAUAUCUGCGUGUAAAACGUAUCGGCUUUAUCAAAACAAAGGGAAGCAAUGCAACACAGGGGUUACACAUAACUUAUACUUUCGUCACUAUAUAGUAAAACAUGUUUCACUGACAAAAACAGUUAAGGCCUAAAAAAAAGAUAUGUCUGUUUCGGGUAACCCGACCCUACCUAUAAAAAUGCGCAGACCUUAACUAUUUUUUUUCAGUUUCUGAGCAAAAAAAAUAUUCGUUAGCGAAUAGAGAGUUACGAAGGGCGGAAUUAUUGUUUAUAUGAUAAAACAAAGUCAGGCAAUGACAGUAAUGUAGAAAAGACUGCCAUGUGCAAGAAAACACUCUGAACUUACGACAGAUUUUGAAAAAAAAAAUAUCCCUACCUACCCUACCUAGAAAUUUCGGGAAUGUUACCCUAAACAAACAUUUUUUUUUGGCCUAAUGCAUACUCAACUGGCUUCAUAUUCAAUAGGUUUGAGACUGAUUUGGAGACUCAAGACUCAAAACUAUUAAUCUUGAUUUUCCAAAAAUUAGCAUCGAUGCUGAAAAUUGCUAUAUUUGUUUUAUAUGAUUCAUUUUACUUUAUUAUCAUUCCUAUUAAAUGCUAUUAAAGACAUUUUAUCAAAUUUAAAACUUCAUUUUCUUCAAACGGUCUAUGAUAAUCGCUGUUAACAUAAGGUGGUCGGUAGAGGUAAAGCAGAGAAACGCAAAAAAGGACUAAGUUAUUAAUAUCUGUUUAUCUUUCAUAAGCCAUUGCUCGUGUUGUGGUAAAGGGCACAGCGGUUUCCCUCGAUAUUUUUACCCUAUAAAUAUUCUGUUGACAAGGGGUUGAACACACAUUUUGUGUUCCAAAAAAAAAAAGAAAAAACAAUGUAUAACAUUUAAAGUGAAGUUGUUUUUAUAAAUAAAAUGACAAAUAUAUAAAACAAAGACUUUUGAAAAACCAAAAUCAACACAGUAUUGAGUUAUCCAUCAACAAAAUAAAUAUUGUUGCAUUUGGACACGCGUUCGCAAACUCCAAAAUCGGAAUUUACCUUACAAAAAUCAUGUUGUGUGCAAGGUUGUACGCAAAUACAUAUCCAGUUCAAUGAAGAUUUAUAAGUUUAACUCCAACCACUUUAAACUUUGUUUAUGAAUGAAAUUCACCACUUCAAUUGGCGAAAGUCACCCACCAAGAUUUGUUUCGGGACUUUUUGGCCAUUUUGAUUUCUGAGCACAUCAAGCACUUUCAUUGGCUGAUGACUGCCGCCACGUAAAAUGGCGAUUAUGACAAAUUAAAAGUGCUUUGUGAAAAUUCGGUGUAUAAUCUUUUGUGUAAAGUUCAAUGAUUAGAAAUGCACAUGCAAAGUGAAUGUUUUAUGUUAUUUCAAUGAAUUACAUCGUGUUAUAUUUGCAUUUUGGUUGAUAGAGUUACUUUUACAUUCGUAUUUUUGCUUUGUGAACCCGUGUCAGAAUUGUGCAAACCGUAUUCUAUUCCUUGUCAAUAGAUAAUAUAUAGGGUGAAACCACUGUGUUUGAGGGUACGGUUUACACAGCACUCAUUUAUUUUAUGUAAAUGUUCGUUUAUGUUCUCUUAUAUAUAUAUACAUAACCAGAAAAGGAUAUGACGUGUUCGUAGUAAGUUGUUUGAAUUUAACAAUUGAGUGUAUUAUGGUUAUUAUGUAUAACAUAGAUAAAUAUGCAUUUUAGAAAUAAAAAAAUGGCCCAAAACAUAACAAAACAAACAGAAAUGAUACAAUAUUAUAAAUGCAAUUAAUUAUAAGAUUAAUAAGGAUUCAUUGAAAUGUUUUAAUUAAAGCAACACAAAAAUGUAAAUUUACCCGAAGUGUUCACAUCACCGGAAUGCCAACUUUCAUAUCUAAGACUUAACAUUUACACUUAAUCGACACACUUCUUUUUUAUUUUUUACUAUGCGGAAUAUAAACAGACAAAACUCUUCGUUUCUAGUUCUAGAAUAAAUAUGAAAACUCAUUUACUACAAAAUACAUAAGUAACUCAUUAUCAAUGUUUUGGACUCCUAAAGAUUUUUUUUGAUUUUUUAAAAAAUGAUUGAGUUUGAAAAUCCGGUGCCAGUGCCAUAGACUUCCUAAAAGUAUUCUGUCCUAUACUGUAUAAGUCCAGUUUAGAAGUGAAAAUGACACUGCUGCAUUGGUCUAGUGAUUGACAAGCAACACGGAUUCGAAUCCCGAAUACAACGUCAUAUUUUCAGUACGUUUAUAUAUAGACGCAUGAGAAGGAGGCGCGCCCCUUGAAGAACACAUAGAAAACUCGCAUUGAAAAAUUAGUCGCCGUAGCCGGGGAUCGAACCAGGAUUGCUUGAUUGCAGGUUAACAAUAUGACCAAGCUACGUACAGACAGUCAAGGCGCGCUAGCCCAGAAAGUCAAAGAGCGCUUACUCUGACUAAGUUUGCCAUUGCGGAGUGGGCAAUCACUGCACUGUGUCAUUGUUUAUGAACAUUCAUUAGGCAUUGUUUCCAUGUUUUAAUGUAAAAGAUAAGUCAAUAUGAAAUGUUAUUACAUUUUACUUUCAUUUAUUUGUAUUUCAUAUACAUAUCUUGUAUUUAUAUAGCCACCAAUUCUUCUUACUUUGAUGUAUAAAUGUAAACAGUA